AUGGCGGAACGGACGUGUUUGACGAUCCCCGCUGGGCAGAGGUUGACCCACAGCUUGCCCUGCAAGUGGGAAGAAGGAGAUGGCAGCACACACCUGGCCACCUUGGGAAGCCUCGAUUGGAACGCGGUGGCCUUAGGAGAGAAGACCAUCGACUUGGAAGUCUCCCUCUUGGUGAAGGCAUCCGACCCUUCGGAUCCGCCCAGCGUCCACACGAUCAAAGCCAAGAGCAGCGGCCGGUCCUUUGCCGGACGCUUCGUGCCCAAAGAGGAGGAGGCGCUGCUGGCACUGGCGGAAGGCAGCACCAGUGGCAGCACCUUGGAGCUGGAUUCCAUCGUCUUCGAAUUUGACAACAGCUACAGCUGGUGGACAGAGAAGGAGGUGGAGCUCAUCACACUUCGAACGGCGCUCACGGAGAACCGGCCACCACCUUUGCCGGAGAAGGCGCCCCACAGCUUACCGCCCCGGGCGAAGACCAAGGAGGACGCUUUGGAAGCCAAGGAGAUGCCGCCGGACCUGCGGAAGGUCGAGGACCAGGCAUGCGAUGAGAGGAGUGGCGCUUUCAGGUUUAUCCGACACUUGGAAGGGAUGCUGGAAACUGCUGAAGCGCAGUGCCCCAAGGAGGCCUUGCGCUUGGCGGGUGCAGAUGCCUUAUGGGCCGAGCUCUUACAGCUGCGGCAAAGCUGCCAGGAGGCCCUAAAGUUGCAGGUGGCACCCGGGCAAGUCCUUGAGAAAGUGCCAGCAAUCCAGGAUCCUGCAGUGGUCCAAGUGGAGAAGGAAGUUCCUGAGGCAGCCAGCCAAGAGCUUGCGGAGGCUCACGGCCUGGAGGAAGAGGCGAAGGAGCUUUGCGUGCGCCGUCCGGGGCUCGGCUACCGGGCCUACCAUGCACUGCUGAAGGAGGAGCUGGGCAAUGUGAGCCUCAAGAAGGUUCAAGCGGCGCUCCAGUGCUUGCGUGAAGCAUCGGCGCCGAGCCUGGCAUCCGCCGCAGGGCCGCCAGAAGAGAAAUGGCCCCCAGCUGAGUGCGGACUUCACUUGGUCGAGCUUCCCGGCCGUGGCAAGGGCUAUUUAGCCAUGCGGCGCUUUCGGCGGGGCGAGGUCUUGUUCCAAGACGUGGCGUUCUGCAGUGCGCUCGUGGGCGAGGGCGACAUGGAAGAGCUGGCAACUCAAUGUGAAGGGCGGCCGUUGGAAGAGGUGAUGGAUUUGACGUACGGUGCCGAAACGCCCGAGCUCCAUGGCAUUCUGCAGAACAAUGUCUUCCACUGCACUCGCGAGGUCGACUGCUGUGCGCUCUUCCUCCGCGUGGCUCGGCUGAACCACUGCUGUCGGCCCAAUGCCUUCGUGGACUGCGCUCGCAGCAGCGCCACAGUGCGCUGCCUCACGGACAUCGAGGAGCAGCAGGAGAUUUUGAUCUCCUAUGUCCCAGUCAGUGACCCACGGCCUUUGCGGCAUGAAAAGCUGGCCGGAAAGGGCUUCGUUUGUGACUGCUUGCGCUGCCAGGAGGAGGCUGCCGAGGCCACCCUUAGUCCGUGCGCCAACACGGACUCCGCGCUGAAGGAGAUCGAGGAGAUCAACGACUUCAUGCGGAGCCCGGCAGCCGCCCAAAGCGACACCCGGCAGCUGCUGGCGAAGCUGUGCGCCGUGGACCAACGGCGCCGUGCGGAGAACGUGGAGGGCGGCUGCGCAGUGGUGACGCUGCUGAACAACCUCUCAAACCUUCACUUCUUUUGUGCUCAAAACUUGACGGGGACGGCACGUGCGGAGGCAUUGGAGGCCUUUUACGACUGCAAGAAGGAGCAGAUGCUUCGCUACGAGGCCCUGCAUGGUGGGGCUGCGCAGCGGGACAUCAGCUACUUGUUGGCCCUUCAGCGACUUUUGUCCCUUGAGCCGGGCCCACCGCAGGAACUCAGGAGUGCCUGGCUUCAGCAGCUGCAGCGUGCAUCGCUGCUGCAGUACGGCGAGUUGUCCUCUUGGAUGAGCCCGACAUUCGCUUCUGCGUCGGGAGCCUCGUGUGUCGGGGACACCGGAAGGACGCGGGCGGAAGACCCAAAACCAGGUGGCGUGGAGUUUGGGUAUGUGCGGGAGGAGUGGCGAGAUUGCAACACUGACAUUGCGCUUCAAGCGCCUGGUUCGCGAACGAACCCGCCCACCGGCGCGGCGCUUGAACGACUUCCGCGUCGGCUCCGGGCGCCCGAGAUUUGCUACGACGAAGAGUCCCCGGUCUUCAUCGCGUGCCUUUGGGCUCGGUUGAAGGGCUUCGACAUCCAAGAGGUGGAACGAUCGCUGUGCCAGGCCCGAGCGGAUCGCGCCGAAGACCGGAGCCGUUUGCUCCAACAAAUCACCCUGGAGGACGGCCGUCGCGAAGAGGCCCAGACCGGUGGAGGACGGUGUCCCAAAAUCCGUGUCCAAAGCCAGCUGGCUUGGGCGGACCUGUUCAAUGCUAACCGGAGCUGUCAAAGCCUGCCAGGUCUAUCACACCUUGAUCCGGUGUCCACGGCCGCGGGGCCUCCCGGCGACCACGUGGCCGAAGCCUUCCGGUUUGCGCCCAGUUUUGGGAUCGGGACGUGCUCAAGCACCAAUGGAGGCGCCCCGGGGGAGCACGUGAAGGCGGAGACGUCCAGCUUCCUUUGGAUUGUCAACAUGGCCAAGGAUGAGCAGCUGCAGCCGGACUCUGAAAGGGUGAGAGCCUUUGUGCAUAAGGCUGGUGCUCUCAUCCGCCCGGCGCGCGAGGUGCCACCGCGUGCGGAGCUCCCCGAGGACGAGAGUAGUCAGAUCGACAUGGGCGGUUUGAUCCCUGCGUGGGCCACCAGCUACUUGUCCUCCGUGGUCGCGGGCAAGGUAGGCCUUGAGCUGGACCGAAGACUUGAGGCACGCCCGGUGGAUCGAUCGUGGGUGUCGGAGACGUUGGUGGAAGAUUGGUCAGAUGUCAUGUCGGACGACUGCGGCCUGCCAGAGGUGGAGGAUGUGCCAUCUCUCGCGGAGAUCUCCGAAUUCCUCAUGCCAGGUUGGACGGAUCACUGGGAUGACACCGAGCUGGUUGAGGAAGAGUUCGACAAGGAGCUGUCGCAGGGCAGCAUGCGCGGUGGCCCAGGAUUUGUUUCUGCCCGGAUUGGACCCGAUGACAAGCGUGUGGACCAUGCGUGUGUGCUUUUCUCGGACCCUGCCUAG